UGCAUAUUAAUAACUAUAAAGCUCUAGUGAUUGUUAACAAUUAUUUAAAUUUUUUUUUUGUGUAUUCAACAUAAUAAAAUAAACAUGCCAGAAAAUAAAAGUUUAGUUUUUGAUAAAAAUGGAAAGCAAUUAACAGAAGAAGAAAUGCAAGAACGAAUUGAAGUUUUACGAAAAUUAAUUCAAGAUGAUAAACACUUACAAGUUCGUACUGAUGUUAAUUGGCUAACGCGAUUCCUGUAUCCAACUAAAUUUGAGCCAGAAGACGCCUAUAAAAGAAUGAUUGAUUAUUACAAAUUAAAGGCAGAAAAUCCAAAAUUUUAUUUUACAGAAUCACCAAACAAAAUGUCUCAUUUCUUGAACACAGAGUUGAAAAUAUUAUUACCUGAUAGAGAUUUAAAUGGUCGAAGAGUUUUUAUUACAAAAAUGGGUGAAGUUCCAAAUAAUAUGUCUUUAACCGAUUUAAUUAAUAUGGAUGAUAUUUGGAUGGAAGCAGUAUUAGAUGAACCGGAAACACAGAAAAAUGGGUUAUCAAGUAUCAUUGAUUUAUCUAAGACUCCAUGGGCGAUAUCCAAAUGGCUAACACCAGGAAAUAUGCGGGUUGGAUCAAAAAAGGCAGACUUAGUACCAUUUACAGAUUUACAAAUCCACAUAGUAAACACAUCACCUUUUUUAAAUGCAGCUAUUGCUUUAAUAUUUCCAUUUCUAAGCACGCAUACAAAAGAACAUAUUCAUUUUCAUUACACGGAUUGGCCGUCAUUACAUAAAUUUGUCAACCCGGAUAUACUACCGAAAGAAUAUGGUGGAACCCAAGAAAUUGAUCAUGACGCAAUACGAGAGAAAUAUCUUUACAAUAAUGCUUCUACAAUUGUGAAGAAUUUGAGUGCUAAUUAUAAAUUGGAUUUGUAAUUGAUGGAUUAGAGAUAACAUUUUCUAUAAUACAAGAAAAAUUAAUGCGGAAGCAUUUUAUAUUACUAACCUGCAUGAUUGACGUCAAUGUCAAA